UCUCUCCAGUGGGUUCUAGCCAGUGGGAAGGCUACUAGGAUCCAGUAAAACUCAUCGGAUAUUCAGACUAAAUUACUAUUUUACGGUCAUUUCACCCGACCGCGCUCAAACUGAUGCAGAAUGGCUGCCCGUUUCCAUUACGCGUGCCUCCUGGUGCCUGUUGCGUUUCAUUUCCUGCUAGUGCCCUCGCCGUGCUCCGCCGGCGUCACCAGGAAGUGCGGCUCCAUCUUCCAGGGCUUCGCCACCUGCCUGCUGGCCCUCGGAGACAGCCUGUCCCAGAGCUCCACCAAAGACGAGAGCACGCAGGAGAUCGACAGCAUCUGCAGGUCCUGGGAUGAGUUCCACACGUGUGCUAACACGGCCAUGGCCGGCUGCCCUGAAGACGCGGCGGCGGUCUGGGAGUCCCUGCGGCAGGAGUCCAAGAAGAUGCAGUUCUCGGGCAACCUCUACGACAUGUGCGCCAACCGUGCCCAGCAGUUGGCCACCACGGCUGCCCAGAACCCUGCCAACCCAGACGAGACCAAUCAGGAGUCUCUAAAGGGGCGCGCCAGUCGCGCUCACCCUUCCCACUACGCGCUCGUGUCGUCCUGCGUGGCCCUGCUGUUGGCGUUAGUGAGGAUAUAGCCGAGUUCCUCCGGCCGCUGCGAUGGACUCAACAGACGUGAUCUCUCCUGGGGAAGGUUGUGUGGACGUUGUGCUACU